UUACCAAAGUUUCACGAUUGUUCAACCCUAAGGACGUCACUUUACUAACGAUAAGAUGGUGAGUCAACACGGAGAGAAGGUACGGCGAUUUUUCAACGUCUCCGUUUUUUGCUUAUUGUCAGUGAUUUUUAUCCCAUUAUAUCAGGCCACCAAUUACGAUGGCUAUAAGUUGUAUCGGGUUUACCCGAACACGAUGGAGAAAAUUCAACUCUUACGAAGACUCACCCAGCACGCAGGAUACGAUUUCUGGCAGCAACGCGGAAGCAACGCGAUCAAGCUGAUGGUUCCUCCAGCCGAGCAGUUCAGAUUUGAGAAAUUGAUGUACUCGGUGAACAUUUCGACGGCACUCGACAUACGCAAUGUAGCUAAAAUGUUACAAAGGGAUGCGAUGAUUCGACACAGUCAAUUGAAAGCUAUCAACGGAAGACGCGGGGCCAACUUUCCUUACAAUUGGGGAAAUUUCACAUUCGAUCGUUACUUGCGAUACAAUGAAAUGUGGGAUUUCGUGAAUGCAACAAUCAGAAAAGAACCGAGAGCGAAAUUUAUCAACGUUGGAACGACUUUUCAAGGGCGGAAGAUGAUCGGCGUCGAGCUUUCGACUUCAGACAAAAAUCCGGUCAUUGUCAUCGACGGUGGAAUUCAUGCUCGAGAAUGGGCCGCACCGAUGUCUGUACUUUACGUAUUGCAGAACCUGAUAAAAGAUCGUAAAAUUCUCGAAAAGCUAACUUUCUACAUAAUACCCCUUGUAAAUCCAGACGGAUAUGAAUACUCGCAUGUGGAGGACCGAUUAUGGAGAAAAACAAUGUCUAAAUCAUCAAUCAGCAAAUGCCUGGGUGUUGACGCAAAUAGAAAUUUCGAUUCUCAUUGGAAUGAAUUUGGGGCCGAUAGAGACCCCUGUUCUAAUCAAUAUUCUGGACCUCACGCAUUUUCCGAGCCUGAAUCUCGGGCAAUACGAGAUCUGAUUAAAACUGUGAAGCCUGUAAUGUAUCUCACAUUUCACGCGUACGGGCCGCUAGUCCUUCAUCCGUGGGGUUUUACUACCGAGCUGCCAGAAAAUUCAAAGGAAUUGAAUUCGUUGGGAAUGAAAGCAGCAGCUGAAGUUGCGCGAACUUUUAAUACAAUAUACACGGUUGGAAGUGCGACGAAUGUUUUGUACGCUGCUUCUGGUGGCAGCGACGAUUGGUCUAUGGAAAAGGCUGGAGUGCCCCUAGUCUACUGCAUAGAACUUGAAGAUUUUGGAUCUCACUUUGAACUUCCACCGACAAGAUUACAUGAAGUUGUCCAACAAGCUGAUACGAUGGUCAAGAUAUUUACGGAGUACGUGAAGGAUAAAUACGCGGAUAAUGUAUAGCUUGGAAUUGCGAAUGAAUACCGACCUGUCGAACUUGAUUUGUAAAAUGCUGGGGAUGCUGAGUCGGACGAUAUUCCUGCGUGGAUUGAAACCAUUGGAAUACCACAAAUUAGCCGCAAUAAAUUUCCGGAGUCAUUUACCAUGUAGUUUGAGACUUUCUAUGCAGAUGAAAAUUUCGUCAAGAAAAAUGAGUGGUAAAAUUGAGAUCAGAUCAGCGAAAUCCCGACAAAUACAAACCGCAGAAGGUGUACCACCAGACUACGAUAUAAUUUACAAUACAUUUCCAUACCAUACAGCAGCUCAACAUUAUUUCACAAUUAUUCCCCCUCUAUCUUUAAUUGCGGUAAUUGUAGCUGUAACGAUCGGUGAUGAUGAACUUUAUGCAACCAAAGCGCGUGCGGCUCUUGUUAUAUGGAUGGGAUGUCUUGCUCUAUUCGUACAUGUCGGUUCUGCCAUGUUCAUGUACAGAGCUCCAGUCAGAAUAUAUCACAGUAGAAAAAGUGGCAAAUAUUUAGCUGUAUUCAAUGAUAUCAUACCCACAAAAAUCAGAACAAUCGAGUUCACCAAAGGAUCUAUUAUUCAAAUUCUUCCUUCUGAUGAACUUACCUGGUUCUCUAGACAUCGAUAUGAAAUUAAUGGAAAAAGAAUAUUCAUGCUUGACUGGUGUUUCAGAUAUCCUAGCGAUUUAUACAACAUGUUUGAUGAAGUAAAAUAUCAGUAAUCAUUAAGAAAGUAGUUUUGUCGAAAAAGAAACUGUAAUUCAUCUGAGGAUACUGUAAAUAUAACACAUUCGUGAAAA